UCUCACGGCCCAACCUCCCGCGAAAGCAAGCACCGAAUGGAGGUUGGAGGAAUACGCAAAGCACAAAAACCACUCGAAAUCGGAACCAAGCCCACCUCAAUGGCCUUGAUCCGAUCGCACUAGCAGUCUAGCACUCUCGGCGCCGCCGCCGCCGACGCCGCUUCCUCGCCUCGCCAUGGGCCUCCUCAGCUCCUUGCGCCCGCAUCGCCGGGGCGCCAUCUCCGGCGUCGGCGGCGGACAGUGGCAGUGGUCGUUCCUCGACGCCGUCUGGGCGGUGUUCCUGCUCGCCGUGGUCGUCUUCCUCGCGCUCGUCUUCACGCCGCGCCGCGGGGGGCCGCUCCCCGCCGCUCUCGCCGGCUCCGCGGUGCCGCCGUGCGCCGCCUCAGAGGUGGACCUCCUUCCCUGCGAGGAUCCCCGCCGCAGCUCCCGCCUCAGCCGUGAGAUGAACUACUACCGCGAGCGCCACUGCCCCGCGCGCGGCGAGGCGCCUGUGUGCCUCGUCCUCCCGCCGCGGGGCUACCGCGUCCCAGUGCCCUGGCCCGAGAGCCUCCACAAGAUAUGGCACGAUAACAUGCCUUAUGGUAAGAUUGCUGAAAGAAAAGGUCAUCAGGGGUGGAUGAAGCAGGAAGGCUCAUACUUUAUUUUUCCUGGAGGUGGUACUAUGUUUCCUGAUGGAGCUGAACAAUAUAUUGAAAAGCUUACCCAAUAUGUUCCACUAAAAAGUGGUCUCCUGAGGACGGGUCUUGAUAUGGGAUGUGGGGUUGCUAGUUUUGGUGGGUUUUUACUUAAAGAGAAUAUCAUGACGCUUUCCUUUGCCCCAAGAGAUUCACAUAAGUCUCAAAUACAAUUUGCUCUGGAGAGAGGAAUUCCUGCAUUUCUUUUGAUGUUGGGCACGCGGCGUCUUCCAUUUCCUGCACAGUCUUUUGAUUUUGUUCAUUGCUCCCGGUGUUUGAUACCUUUUACUGCCUACAAUGGGAGCUACUUGAUUGAAGUUGACCGUCUACUUAGGCCAGGAGGAUACCUGAUUAUAUCGGGACCCCCAGUCCAGUGGAAGAAGCAAGAGAAGGAAUGGACUGAACUUCAAGCAAUGGCGCUGGCUUUGUGUUACAAGCUGAUAACUGUAGAUGGUAAUACUGCGAUUUGGAAGAAACCUACUGAGGCUUCAUGUCUUCCUAACCAAAAUGAAUUUAACAUUGAUUUGUGUAGCACUGACGAUGAUCCAGAUCAAGCAUGGUACUUCAAGUUGAAGAAAUGUGUCAGUAAGGUCUCUUUGGCGGAGGAAAUAGCUGUUGGUUCCAUUCGCAAGUGGCCAGAUAGGUUGUCUAAACCUUCUGCUAGGGCCUCUCUUAUGGAAAAUGGAGCAAAUUUGUUUGAACUAGAUACUCAGAAGUGGGCCAAAAGGGUGUCAUAUUAUAAGAAAUCACUGGGUGUGAAGCUUGGGACUGCUGAAAUUCGUAAUGUCAUGGACAUGAAUGCGUACCUUGGAGGAUUAGCAGCUGCUGUUGUCCCUGACCCUGUAUGGGUUAUGAAUGUUGUUCCUGCUCAGAAACCAUUGACACUGGGAGUAAUAUAUGACAGGGGCCUUAUUGGAGUUUAUCAUGAAUGGUGUGAGCCUUUCUCAACCUAUCCUCGUACCUAUGAUCUCAUUCAUGCUGAUGGAAUCAGCUCUUUGAUAAGAGACCCAAUUUCUGGCAAAAACAGAUGUGACCUGUUUGAUGUGAUGUUGGAGAUGGAUCGCAUACUGCGCCCAGAAGGAACUGCUAUUAUACGGGACUCCCCAGAUGUGAUCGACAAGGCAGCACAGGUUGCUCAGUCCAUUCGGUGGAUUGCUCAGGUGCAUGACGCUGAGCCUGAAUCAGGUCGCAUGGAGAAAAUACUUGUGGCUACUAAAACACAUUGGAAGCUACCAUUAACAUCGCUAUAGUUUAAUGUCUGCUUAUGUUUAUAACACUUCUUUUUUUAAUUGACGAUCCCCUGAUUUUGACCUUUUGGGGAUGGGGUGAAAGUUAGUACCUAUCAGGUUAAUGAGGAAAUAGAUUAAUCAAGGUGGUCAUUCGUUUCGUCAAUCUAUUCUUUUUUCUUCAGUGAUGAGUUAGGUGCAUAGCGUUGUGGUGCAAGUCUUGAUAUUUUGUGGCUUCCCUCAAUUUGACAAGAUACUUCUGGUUGAUAUUUAUAGGCUUGUGUUGUGAAAAAUGUUGUGUUUGUUGUGCAUCCAUGUUCCUUCCCAUAACACGAACUAUUAUUGCAGGUCGCACAAGUUAUUUUGUUAAAUCCUUGUACAAAUUAAAUGUCAAGUAUAUAUGUUUCAUCUUU